AUGAACUGGCAUGAAGCUCAGAGUUACUGCAGACAACAUUACACAGAUCUGGCCGUCAUUCACAAUCAAACUGAGAAUCAAGUGCUGACGCUGAAGGUGACAACGGAAGGCGUUAGUCUAUCAUGGAUUGGUCUGUUCAGAGACUCAUGGAAGUGGUCAGAUGAUAUAAAUGUUGUGGACGUGUCCUCCAUUAACUGGAUGACUGGACAACCUGACUUGAGGAUCUUGAACCAACCUUGUGGUGUUAUACGUCCUGAUGGUCUUAUAGAUGAUCAACUGUGUUCAAAAACUUUUCCAUUGAUAUGCAAGACACCAAAGACCAAGAAACAUAUUGUGAGAUUUGAGCUGAAAUCCGGUCAGAAUAUCAAUGAUCCUGCAGUGAUGGAGACCAUCUUACAGUCGAUUCAGCAGACACUGACAGAUUUGGGCGUACACAAUGACACAACAGUGACCUGGAGAGUGCAGCCUGAUGGAAAUGUUUUCACACCAAAACAUGAAGAUGAAGAGAAACAGAAAGUGUGUUCAGACUUCUGA